AUGGCAAUUGAUUUCCAGAGGAAUCAGGGCACUUUGAUCAUUGAAGCUGCCGAACGCGUGGACAGUACCAACGCGCAGCGCUUCCUCGAAGAUCUGGAUGCAGCGAUCGAAACCACUGACCAGGUCGUGAUCCUCGACAUGGAGAAACUCACCUAUAUCAGUAGUGCGGGGCUCCGGGUGGUUCUGCAGACCGCAAAAACCUUGCAGCGGCAGAAUUCUGGCUUCGCGCUGUGCGCGCUGACCGGUACGGUACGGGAAGUUUUCGAAAUCAGCGGUUUCGACCAGGUCAUUGCUAUCCAUCCGUCGCAGGAAGAAGCUAUCGCAGCGCUGAAGGGUUAG